UAUCCGUCCAACCCCCCGGUCCAAGGUACUUCAUGUUCCGCCUUAUCUCCUCUUCACCUACGAAUACUCCAGAGCGCUGUACUUCUUACGCAGUAGUUCUUCUCUCUCGCUCUGUUCUGCUCCUUUGCGACCUCUAGCCUCUAGUAGCUCACUCGUCCUACCUUAUCCGCCUGACCGCUUUCGGGGCGUGUCUCCUCGCUAUUUGCUCGCCUCGUUGCUUUUUUUUUUUUUUCCUCUCCUCGUCCUCUUGCUUCAUAUUGCCAACCCACCAACACCACCUCCUUCUUUACUCCUCCCCUUCCCAACAUCCCCCCAAAUCACCUUCGCUCCGCAGAAGAAAAAAAAUAGGAGCACCAUCGUCUUUGACACAUCGGGUCGACGAGAUUCGAGGAAGUGUUGAACGACUUGGCUUCUGACCAAAAGCUACCGAUUUCGACAUUCACAUUGGUUCCAGGCCUUCACUGAGCUAAUAUGCUGCUGGUUGACCACAACUCUUCUUGAUCUAUACCCGCCCGCCGUUUCCCGUCCAAACUCUCCAGCCUCGGCCUACAUAUUUUCAACCACCCACGAACCCCGCCUCACAACAUCACAAGCAGCGUCUUCUCUGCUCUGCUUGCAGAUUCAAACCACAGACAAUAAUUCAACAUGGUCGACGACUCAGCAUUGGCCGCUGCUGCGGCCAUUGUGCAAUCCCUCGCCGCUGAUGGCACGACGCCAAUGUCCCUUCCCUUCAAGGUUGAUGCGCGGAUCGAGCUCCCAGGUCGAGAUACCCCCGCCAAGCGAAGCCUCGAGAACGAGCUUGCCAAGCUUGCCCAAAGAAUCGAAAAGCUCGAGAGUCGAGCCCACGCCUCGGUAGCUUUCCCGGAAACGCCCAACGAAGUCCACGGUUCCCUCUUUGGCGACGAUUCCGACGGCGCAUCACCGUCAUCCUCCAACAGCCGCACUGUUGCCGCCGGGCCCACCAAGUUCCAACGCGAAGGUACCGCCACAGCCGAUCCGAGCCUCGCAGACAGCCCGCUGACUGACGAAGCCUUGGAGAGCUUGCAAGAGAAGGUACUUGACCAGGAGAAAGGAAUUUCUAGCGCGAGACAGGAAAUCAGCAGCGUAUCCGCCCAGCUCCUUGAGCAAAAGGAACUCCAGGAACAGGCCUUCUUCAAGAUCGAACAAGAGAGAGUUGCGACUCUGGAGCGGGAACUAUGGAAGCACCAAAAGGCGAACGAGGCCUUCCAGAAAGCCCUGCGAGAGAUUGGUGAGAUCGUCACAGCCGUUGCGCGCGGAGACCUUUCCAAGAAGGUCCGCAUGAACACCGUCGAAAUGGACCCUGAAAUCACCACGUUUAAACGGACAAUCAACACUAUGAUGGAUCAGCUACAGGUUUUCUCAAGCGAAGUCUCCCGCGUCGCCCGCGAGGUCGGAACCGAGGGUUUGCUCGGCGGGCAGGCUCGCAUCGAGGGUGUCGACGGUACUUGGAAAGAGUUGACGGACAAUGUCAACGUUAUGGCCCAAAAUCUCACAGAUCAAGUGCGAGAAAUCGCAUCAGUAACCACUGCUGUCGCCCACGGUGACCUGACCAAGAAAAUCGAACGCCCCGCCAGAGGAGAAAUCCUGCAACUGCAACAAACGAUCAACACCAUGGUAGACCAACUGAGAACAUUUGCCUCCGAAGUCACUCGAGUAGCCCGCGAUGUAGGAACUGAAGGUAUUCUUGGUGGUCAAGCCGACGUCGAGGGAGUCAAAGGCAUGUGGAAUGAACUAACGGUCAACGUCAACGCAAUGGCAAACAACUUAACGACACAAGUACGAGACAUCAUCAAGGUAACAACUGCUGUGGCCAAGGGCGACCUCACACAAAACGUACAGGCGGAUUGCAGGGGAGAAAUCUUUGAUCUCAAGUCUACCAUCAACUCCAUGGUGAAGCAACUUCAGCAAUUUGCCCGCGAGGUAACCAAGAUUGCCCGAGAGGUAGGAACGGAAGGCAGGCUUGGUGGCCAAGCCACUGUUCAUGAUGUCGAAGGAACCUGGAGAGAUCUCACCGAGAACGUCAACGGCAUGGCCAUGAACUUGACGACACAAGUGCGCGCAAUUGCCAAGGUCACAACGGCUGUGGCGAACGGCGACCUUACGGAGAAGAUAAGAGUACCCGUCCGAGGUGAAAUUCUCGAUCUGAAGAACACUAUCAACACCAUGGUGGACCGCCUCGGCACUUUCGCCUUUGAGGUCAGCAAGGUCGCCAGGGAAGUCGGCACUGACGGUACGCUCGGUGGACAAGCCCAGGUCGACAACGUGGAAGGCAAAUGGAAGGAUCUCACCGAAAAUGUCAACACCAUGGCCUCAAAUCUUACGAUACAGGUCCGCAGUAUCUCGACCGUCACCCAAGCCAUCGCAAAUGGCGACAUGAGCCAGAAGAUUGAGGUUGAAGCCCAAGGAGAAAUACUCGUCCUCAAAGAAACGAUAAACAACAUGGUUGAUAGGCUUUCCAACUUCUGUAAUGAAGUGCAAAGAGUGGCCAGAGACGUCGGCGUCGACGGCAAAAUGGGCGCGCAAGCAGAUCCUGCCGGCUUAAAGGGUCGUUGGCGCGAGAUCACGACUGAUGUGAAUACCAUGGCUAGUAAUUUGACAACUCAAGUGCGUGCGUUCUCAGACAUUACGAACUUGGCAACAGACGGAGACUUCACGAAACUUGUCGAAGUGGAAGCUUCGGGCGAAAUGGACGAACUCAAACGAAAGAUCAAUCAGAUGGUGUCCAAUUUACGGGACAGUAUCCAGAGGAAUACGCAGGCUCGUGAGGCGGCAGAGCUGGCCAACAAAACCAAGUCCGAGUUCCUGGCAAAUAUGUCUCACGAAAUUCGUACACCCAUGAACGGCAUUAUCGGCAUGACGCAGCUGACACUAGACACGGACUUGACACAAUAUCAGCGAGAGAUGUUGAAUAUUGUCAACAGUCUGGCGAACAGUCUACUCACCAUCAUUGACGACAUUCUAGAUUUGUCAAAGAUCGAAGCACGCAGGAUGGUUAUAGAAGAGAUCCCGUACACUUUGCGAGGAACGGUAUUCAAUGCUCUCAAAACACUGGCAGUCAAGGCAAACGAGAAGUUCCUCGACCUCACCUACCGCGUCGACAGCUCCGUGCCGGAUCACGUCAUUGGAGAUUCAUUCCGUCUUAGGCAGAUUAUUCUGAACCUGGUCGGAAACGCCAUUAAAUUCACGGAACACGGCGAAGUCAGUCUGACUAUUAAGAAGGCCGAUCCUGUUGUUUGGGCAUGCGGUCCUGACCAGUACGCUAUCGAAUUCAUCGUUACGGACACAGGUAUCGGCAUUGCCGCGGAUAAGCUUGACCUCAUUUUCGACACUUUCCAGCAGGCCGACGGCUCAAUGACGAGAAAGUUUGGCGGAACCGGUCUCGGACUCUCAAUCUCGAAGCGCCUUGUUAAGCUCAUGGGCGGCGACCUGUGGGUUAAGAGCCAACAUGGUCAAGGCAGUGAGUUCCACUUUACGUGUCGAGUGCGCUUGUCGGAUCUCGGCGUCGAGAUCAUCGAGAAGCAAAUCAAGCCGUACAAGGGUCACGAGGUUCUCUUUGUCGACAAGUCGCAAUCUGGCUACGGAGAGCAGAUCGAGACAAUGCUGUCUUUGAUUGGCCUCAAGCCCGUCGUUGUCGAGUCGGAGAAGAACCCCAUCCUCACCAGCGUUCGCGACGCUCAGGCGAUGCCGUACGAUGUCAUUAUUGUCGACUCCAUCGAUACCGCCAGGAGGCUCAGAUCCGUGGACGACUUCAAGUACCUGCCCAUCGUUCUCCUAGCGCCUGUCGUUCACGUGAACCUCAAGUCGUGCCUGGACUUGGGUAUCACAUCAUACAUGACGACGCCCUGCACUGCUGUGGAUCUCGGCAACGGCAUGAUUCCUGCUCUCGAGAACCGCGCGACGCCGUCUCUGGCCGACAACACCAAGUCUUUCGAGAUUCUUCUCGCGGAAGACAACCGGGUUAACCAGAGACUUGCUGUUAAGAUUCUCGAAAAGUACCACCACGUGGUCACGGUUGUUGGCAACGGUCUCGAGGCUGUCGAGGCCAUCAAGGCGAAGAAGUUUGACGUUAUUCUUAUGGAUGUUCAGAUGCCCAUCAUGGGCGGUUUCGAGGCAACAGGCAAGAUUCGUGAGUACGAGCGCAGCCUGGGCUCGCAUCGUACUCCCAUUAUUGCUCUGACAGCCCACGCCAUGAUGGGUGAUCGCGAGAAAUGCAUCCAGGCACAGAUGGACGAGUACUUGUCGAAGCCUCUGCAGCAGAACCACCUGAUCCAGACCAUUCUCAAGUGUGCGACCCUCGGCGGUCAGCUUCUGGAGAAGAAUCGGGAGAGGGAUAUGGCUCAGCAGUCGAGAGUCAAGGCAAGCUCCAACGAGCAUCCUCAGUCUCAUCUUCGCCCGCCUCUGGAGACCCGAUCCUUCACUUCAAAAGAACCAAUCAUGGGACCCAGUCCAGCCAGCCCAGCAGUGGCAACGGCAGACCAGGAAGACCCCAUUUCUAGGGCACGUAAAGGCCUUUCCGACUCGCGCAGCCUUACAAGCUAACUUGGUUUCUUGUUCGUGCGCGCAGCUGCUACUGAGGUCACAUAGUUCCUAACUGGGAUGUGCAGGGACAGGCUCAGAAAAAACGCAAGUGGAACCCCGAGUAAACCACAUUCGACUGACAUCGUUUUCGAUGAAAUACCCCAAGAGUUACAAGAUCAUUGAUGGAUACAACACGCACAUCGUCGCUUCCCCAUCCUACCUUUCACUCGACACUCUUACACACACACCAAAUCACAUACGAUACAGCCCGCUCGGCCCCCCUCCUUCAGUGGCUAAGAGCUUCUCAAGACAGAAGAGGAAAGCAGCGUCCGAGAUUUCACACAGUGGGUUCAUGUGCAGCAGUGUUUUGCCCACGCAGUGAGGGCAGCUAGGCUCGUGGGUUGGUUCACGGGAGGAAUUUCCAAGAUGGGCUUUGCAUACAGACGGGCCAGGCAGGGCAACAUUUGGGCUCUGAAGGCCGUUGAGGAGUUUUCGUUUUUUGACUUUUUUCAUCAUCAUCAAAGGGCAAAGGGCAGAGUGUCAACGCUGUCGCCCUUCUCUGCCGUUUGUUAACCUUCCCAUUGCAGUUUUACAUUUAUUACUCAGGCUUGACAAGGAGGGACACCUACCACACAGCCAGUACAUGAGAUGGCUAUGCUUUGUGCUCUCUUCUUCUCGGAGACGUUAGUAGUUGGAGUCGAUGACUCUGGCCACGACAUUAGUCUCCUUGGGAACAAGCAUAGAAGGUCAAUAGCCAGGGCCAAAGAGACGUGGAUCUGGGAUUUUCCAUCAUCAGUGAGAUCAAGGUACUAGCAACAAGGGCGUCUAUUGGGUAUAGGGUUGGGACAGAAGACUUUACAUCGUUUGAUAUUAAAGAGGCCCGAUCGCCUUGGUCGGGCUGGAUACCCAG